CUAGAUUAUAGGGAGGAGUAUGGAACACUAUUUUCCUUUGCUUUGUUUCUCCUACUCAUCAGCUCAAAGAAAAAUCAGCCCCGCCUUCUUUGUCAGCUGCAAGCCCUGCUAGGCCAUUUCUAUAUUUUCUACGCAACACGGCAACACCCAUUAUCUGUUCUGUUUUCUGGUACACCUGCAGGAAUUUCUAAUCGUACAUACACUUCAACUCCGUAGUUGAACCUUCCAAUCUUACACGUCAUUUGAAUGUGCACUCAACCCAUUCUUAAUACGCACAGACGCAGAUUUAGAUACGUAUUCACUCGUAUUCAUUGAGCAAUUCCAUUUGUCAUCUGGGACAAUUCGGGAUAAGGAUACGGCUAUGGAUAGUGGACGAGGGGGACAUGACAUUGAAGGCUCCGAGGACAAUGCAGUUUUCUCGCCGGGAUCUCUGGGGCGGAGCAAGUAUCGUCCUGUGGUGGCGCACGACAAUGAUCGGGCCGUGCUUGAGAUGUCGUCUAUUGAUCUUGGAUCUUCCUCUUCUUCAUAUCCUCCUCACGAUCUCAAGAAAAUUAAAGUGGGGGAGGAACCAAAGACGUCCUCCGAUGGCAGAGACGGCUCUUUACCUAAUCAUGGGAAUGUGACCGAGGCAGAGUCCAAAUUAGAAUUAUUUGGCUUUGACUCUCUCGUCAAUAUUCUAGGUCUUAAGAGUAUGAUAGGGGAUCAAAUGCCAAGCCCAUCACGUCUCCGUGAUGGUGAUGAUGCAACUAUCACUAUUGGCCGCCAAAGGCCUGCUGCUGUGAAGUCGGGAACAAUGAUGGGAGUUUUUGUGCCAUGCUUGCAAAACAUUUUGGGAAUCAUCUACUAUAUAAGAUUUUCCUGGCAAGUUUUUCACUUUCAUUAGAGAUAAAUCUCCAGUUUUAAGUUGUAUUGUAAUUGUGAUUUGUGAAAAGAUUUUAUAAUAUUUUUCUUUGUUUAUGAGGUUGAAUGCAUGAGCUUGGAAUUUGGAAAUACAUUUCUGUUACUAGUUGAUGGUUACGUUGACCAUUCAUCGUAUGAUCAUGUGAUUUGCAGGAUAGUUGGAAUGGCCGGUAUUGGGGAGUCAUUGAUGCUAGUGGCCUUCUGUGGUUCCUGUACUUUCCUCACUACAAUAUCACUCAGUGCUAUUGCAACUAAUGGUGCAAUGAAGGGUGGUGGACCUUACUAUCUUAUUGGGCGAGCAUUGGGCCCGGAGGUUGGUGUCAGUAUUGGACUGUGUUUUUUCCUGGGGAACGCAAUCUCUGGAGCAAUGUAUGUAUUGGGAGCUGUAGAGACUUUCUUGAAUGCUGUACCAGCGGCAGGAAUUUUUAGAGAAACGGUCACGAGGGUUAAUGGCACAGCGAUUGCCGAGCCCAUCACGAGACCUAGCUUGCACGACUUGCAGAUUUAUGGGGUUGUCGUGACUAUUAUUCUAUGUUUCAUAGUAUUUGGGGGCGUCAAAAUGAUCAACCGUGUUGCACCAGCUUUCCUCGUUCCUGUUUUAUUCUCAUUAUGCUGCAUAUUUCUUGGCAUAUUUUUGGCGAGGAAGGAUCAUCCAUCAGCGGGAAUCACAGGACUGAGUUUGGAAUCUUUCAGAGACAACUGGAGUUCGGAUUAUCAGAUGACUAAUAAUGCUGGAAUUCCAGAUCCUAACGGGAAGAUAUACUGGAGUUUCAAUGCAUUGGUAGGUCUGUUUUUUCCAGCUGUGACAGGCAUCAUGGCAGGCUCUAAUCGUUCAGCCUCACUGAAAGACACCCAGCGUUCUAUUCCCAUCGGAACCUUAGCAGCCACUGUGGCAACCACCAGCCUAUAUAUUUUUACUGUGUUUUUCUUUGGAUCUGUGGCAACUAGAGAAAAGCUUUUGACUGACAGGUUAUUGACAGCUACAGUUGCUUGGCCUUUCCCAGCCGUUGUUUAUGCUGGAAUCAUUCUUUCCACCUUGGGUGCAGCUCUUCAGAGUUUAACUGGUGCUCCACGGCUUCUUGCAGCUAUAGCUAAUGAUGACAUUCUCCCCGUCCUUAAUUACUUCAGGGUGGCAGAUGGGGGAGAGCCUAAUGCUGCCACACUCUUUACUGCCUUCAUUUGCAUUGGAUGUGUCGUUAUUGGGAAUCUAGAUCUUAUCUCUCCCACGACAACAAUGUUUUAUCUUCUAUGCUAUGGUGGUGUGAACUUAUCCUGCUUUCUUCUGGAUCUUUUGGAUGCUCCUAGCUGGCGUCCAAGGUGGAAAUUUCAUCACUGGAGCCUUUCUCUUGUUGGAGCAUUGCUUUGCAUAGUCAUUAUGUUUUUGAUAUCUUGGAUGUUCACUGUGGUGGCGUUGGCCUUGGCUACUCUCAUCUAUUACUAUGUCUGCCUCAAAGGAAAAGCUGGAGACUGGGGCGAUGGCUUUAAGAGUGCAUAUUUUCAGCUUGCAUUACGUAGCCUACGCUCUCUGGGAGCAACUCAAGUACACCCAAAAAACUGGUAUCCUAUACCCCUAGUAUUUUGUCGGCCAUGGGGCAAGCUGCCAGAGAAUGUACCUUGCCAUCCUAAACUUGCUGACUUUGCCAACUGCAUGAAGAAAAAAGGAAGAGGAAUGACCAUCUUUUUUUCCAUAAUGGAUGGAGAUUACCAUGAAUGCGCCGAGGAUGCCAAGGCAGCUUGUAAGCAGCUAAGUGCUUACAUCGACUACAAGAAUUGUGAGGGUGUAGCUGAAAUCGUUGUUGCCCCUAACAUGACUGAAGGGUUCAGAGGCAUAGUCCAGACGAUGGGCCUGGGAAAUCUCAAGCCCAAUAUAAUCGUCAUGCGAUACCCCGAAAUUUGGCGACGUGAAAACUUAACCGAAAUUCCCGCCACCUUUACUGGGAUAAUAAAUGACUGCAUUGUAGCAAACAAAGCUGUUGUUAUUGUCAAGGGACUGGAUGAGUGGCCUAACGAGUAUCAAAGACAGUUUGGGACGAUUGAUUUGUAUUGGAUUGUGAGAGAUGGUGGGCUUAUGCUCCUUCUUUCUCAGCUACUCCUAACCAAAGAGAGCUUUGAGGGUUGUAAGAUUCAGGUUUUCUGCAUAGCCGAGGAGGACUCUGAUGCCGAGGAACUCAAGGCCGACGUGAAGAAAUUCCUUUACGAUCUACGCAUGCAGGCUGAGGUCAUCAUCAUCUCGAUGAAGUCAUGGGAGGAGCAGCAGCAAGAAUCGGUGGAGGCGUUUAGCAGUGCACAGGAAAGAAUCGCUAACUACUUGGCAGAGAUGAAGGAAAAGACCCAGGGACGGGGCCCAGGGGGGAAUCAUUUCAUGGCUGAUGGGAAGAGUGUGGUUGUGAAUGAACACCAGGUGGAGAAGUUCUUACACACGACAUUGAAGCUCAACUCAAUGAUACUGAAAUAUUCCAGAAUGGCUGCGGUUGUGCUUGUGAGUUUACCGCCCCCACCUCUCAACCAUCCUUCUUACUUUUACAUGGAAUAUAUGGACCUCUUGGUGGAGAAUGUCCCUAGGUUGUUGAUUGUGCGGGGAUACCGUAGAGAUGUUGUCACAUUGUUUUCUUAGUUUCUCAUAGAUUUGUUAUGUGUUCCCUAAUUACCCAAAAAAAGAGGGGGUGUACACAGUGCUGGAUCUCAUACGCAAUUGGAGGGUGGUUGUGGUAUUUAGGCCUCAUUUCUCAUGUUUUUGCAAGGAGGUGGGUUAGAACCCUGAACCUCCAUGACACAAGGGGAAAGUCUUCAGAAGUUGCCCGCCCUGAUUACAAACAAACAAACAUUCAUUUUAUGCUUCCUUAGUACAUCCCUUUUAUUUCAACUGUGUAGUUUCAGAUUUUCAUUGCUUUUCUCUUACCUCUUUGGGGAUGUAACAAUUUCUCCUAUAUAGAAUUCAUUCUUUUUAGCGCCAGAGUAGAUGCAUAUCUUGGUUCAUUUAUUGUCUUUUGAGUAAUGACUUGGUGGACACUGGACAGUGGACUUGGUGUACGGAAAAUACAGGAUAUGAGGUGAAAUCAACCUCAUGAGCCUAAUGAAUUCAUUAAGCCCC